AUGAAUAGCAUCUAUGCUUACUUCGGAAAGAAAAGCGGCGAUCGAUCUAUCACGCAGACCAUGGACCUUUGUUAUGAUUUGAUUUACAACAACGACUCGGCAGGCUUAAUCAUUCUCGACGACUCUCUCUUACUACCUUCCUCCAUGCCGUUUAUACGUCCUCCCUACGUCAUCGCUGAUGGCCUAGGUAUGACUCCACUGUCGGCGGUCUGCUAUCAGAUAGUUCAGACUCUUCGAGGUGCUCAAAUAAAAGCGAGCAAGAAACCAGAGGUCACAAACACCACCACCCUUGUCUUCUACUGCAAUAGACAGCAGAACACGCAAGACACGGGUACAGCCUUGCUCAUGAUACUUUCUCUCAUGAGCCAGCUCUUUGAUUACAUCAGGGACCAUAUACCCGAGUUCAGUAAACAGAAGUUGGAGUUCGGUCACAACUUUCGGAAAACCAUGGAGACGGCACAAAAUGACCUCAAUGAGCUCUGCAAGAUGUUCGAACAAGUGGUCCGACUGAUCCCAAUGGAGGUGGUGUCGGGGCCAAAGCGCAGGAUAAUCUGUUUCAUUGACGGUCUGGCUUCUUGCCAGAAUCUCGGGGAUGCCUGUGGAGUGGCGUUAGUCAUCCAAACCCUACGCAAUCUGGUGUCUUUAACUGACGCUAUAUCGUCCACCAUGCCAUUAUUCAAACUGAUCUGCAUAAGCCCUGAACCGAACGAAUGGGUCAAGGGAUUUUUCAAUGAUAACUGUCUUUUCAAAUGUGUUGAAGACGCGAACGCAUCUCCCCUAAAGAUCGUACCGGCGUAG